UCACAGUCGAGAUCACAUACGUUGAUUUCCUUAAGUUCCUGCUUAAAUUUUACUGUUUAAGUUUUUUAUGUGCGCUGUGGCUGAAAGAGGUAGAAGAAGGAGAAGAAGAGAAGCAACUUGUUGCUAAUUCUCUCACUAAAGAAGUUUAGAAAAAGGAGUAUAUGUGUUAUAAGACGCAAUUUGAAACCGAAACACGCCGUUCCUUAACAAUUCAACACAAAGAUAACGCAUUAAUUGGCAAGGAAACUGUCAAGAAAUCGAUCAAGAACAAUCAUCUUUAAUAUAGGUUCAACAGAAGGAUAUCACAAUUAAAUUCUGGAAAUGGAAGCAGACCUUUUAGUUACCUGUCCUUAUAAUUCUGCACAUCGCAUUCGCAAAUUUAAAUUUAUGGAUCAUGUAUCCAAAUGCAAGAAAACUUCUAAAAAUACAGAGAAUAAGAUUGAGUGUCCUGUGGAUAAAACUCAUAUAGUAGAUUGCAACAAACUUAAGGAACAUAUUAAAACAUGUUCAAGUAUUGGCAAAUUGGUAGAAUUAGAGUUUGAACCAAAGAUGGAUAAGCCUCCUUUAUUUAUAGAUUUACAUAGAUCAACAGAAAAUUGGGAAGAGGAACCAGAAGUUCCACCUUAUAAUCCGAUGGAAGUUUCAGCAAAAAAGCCAGUGCUUCGAUGUGUGUCUGGGUUGUCAAAGUCAGAAAGGAAAAAGUUUAGAGACGAUGAACGAGCGCGUAUAGCAAAUCUCAGAGGUUAUCAUACUGCAAGUGCAAUUUCAUCAUCUUUCAGAGAUACGGUUAAUGAAAUACCAUUACGUCCUCCUCGUGCUGAUACCAAAUCCUUAUAUAAUUCACAAGCCUUGCAAAAUGAUGCAGACAACAACAAGGAGAUCUAUAAUUGUGAUAAAGACAUGCAAGCUAAUUUUGAUUCUGAAGAUGACACUGCUAAACAAGUAGAAGAGUCUAUAAGAAGUACUGAUACGGUGAUACAUUAUGCUUUUUGCGAGAUAAAUUAUGUCCAGCAUCUCAAUAAAAAAGAAAAUUUUUCACUUUCUGAUCAAAAUCAAGAGACGAAAGUUAAAUAUGAAAAGAAUGAAAAGGACAAAUACUGUCCAAGUACUUCAAAUACGCCUACUGAACGACCUAUCGAUAAACUUCUAGCAUUAUUGAAGAAUGAGAAAAGUAUCAAAAAGAUAGAACCUGUGAAAGAAACGACAAAGGAAACAAUUGAUCAAACUACUAAUAAUAAUACAGCUGAGAAAGAUUCGUCAUGGAAUGAGACAUUUAGAAAGCUUAAUGAACGGUUGGUUUAUUUAACAAAUAUUCAGAACACUGCUGCCGAGGAGAGUGCACAAUUACUCAAACAAUUGAACGAACUUAAAUUGAAACAAGAGUUUGCUUUGAAAAAAGCACGCAGAUAUGAUACGCGUACCACGAUUUUCUCUCCGGAGGGGAGACUCUACCAAGUUGAAUACGCUAUGGAAGCAAUAAGCCAUGCUGGUACUUGUCUAGGUAUAUUGGCAAAUGAUGGUAUUCUACUGGCAGCUGAGAAACGCAAUACCAAUAAGCUGUUGGACGAUGUAUUCUUCUCUGAAAAGAUUUACAGAUUGAACGAAGAUAUUAUUUGUUCAGUAGCAGGCAUAACUUCAGAUGCAAAUGUCUUAACAAAUGAGUUGCGUCUCAUUGCGCAAAGAUACUAUCUUCAAUACAACGAACCGAUACCUUGCGAGCAACUCGUCUCAUGGCUGUGCGAUGUUAAACAGGCGUAUACCCAGUACGGUGGGAAGAGACCCUUUGGGGUAUCCAUUUUAUACAUAGGAUGGGACAAGCAUUAUGGUUAUCAAUUGUAUCAAUCAGAUCCUAGCGGGAACUAUGGCGGUUGGAAGGCAACCUGUAUCGGAAAUAAUUCAGCAGCAGCGGUGUCAUCCUUGAAGCAGGAAUAUAAAGAGGGUGAGACUACCCUGAAAGACGCAAUGGCACUCGCCAUCAAAGUACUCUCUAAAACAUUAGAUAUGAACAAACUCUCUGCGGAGAAAGUGGAAAUGGCGAUAUUAACGCGCGAAAAUGGUAAAACAAAAACGAAAAUACUGCCAGCGAAAGAAGUGGAUGCGUUGAUCGCGGAACACGAUCGGCUAGAGGCAUUGGCGGAACAAGCGAAAAAAGAAAAGCAAAAAUCAUAGAUUUUUAUAUUAGAUAAGAAAAAGAAUAUAUUACAACGGCAAAGUUUAUUGUAUCAGGAAGAUAUUGAUUUACACGCAAUUAAAAUAUUUAUGUUAUAUUUUACAAAUUCCCUUGCCACAGUUGCGAAUUCUUGCAAUGAUAACAUUGUCGCCCUCACUACAAAACAAUAGUUAUAAUAAAAUAAAAUUUUUUUCA